AUGGCUCCUACAGAUAGCCACAAGCGAUUGGCCUUGGCCGUCAUUGAUUUCCUCGGCACCAGCCUGAAAGAUGGCACAUUGACCGCCGACGAUGCGGAGUCGAUUGAAAUUGCCCAGUCUUGUAUCGCAGAUACCUUCAAAGUUGACCCGACCGAUGAGGCUGCUGUGAAGGAUGCUGUGGGUGGACAAUCAUUGGUCGGAAUCUACAGCGUCUACGAGAAGCUGCGCAACAAGUCGACCCCGCAAUCGACCGCAGGAGCUCAGACCUCCCAGGCAGAGAAGCCCAAGGCUGGCGUUCCCACACCGGAAUCCGAUAAACUGAAGUCUGAGGGCAAUGCUCUCAUGGCCAAGAAGGACUACACCGGUGCCAUUGCGCAAUACACCAAGGCUCUCGAGAUUGCCCCGGCAAACCCCAUCUACCUCUCCAACCGCGCCGCCGCGUUUUCCGCUUCGGGUCAGCACGAGAAGGCCGCAGCUGAUGCAGAGAUUGCUGCCUCCGCUGAUCCCAAGUAUUCCAAGGCGUGGAGCCGUCUGGGUCUCGCCCGCUUCGAUAUGGGAGACUACCAUGCUGCCAAGGAGGCAUACGAGAAGGGUAUUCAGGCAGAAGGCAACGGUGGCAGUGAGGCCAUGAAGCGUGGCUUGGAGACAUCCAAACGGAAGCUUGAAGAGAGCGCUCGGACCAGCGAGCCUCCAUCUGAGGAAUUGGACACUGCUCCUGGUUCUUCGCGUGGUGGUGGUGGUGGCAUGCCUGACCUGUCUUCCCUGGCCAGCAUGCUUGGUGGUGGAGGCGGUGGUGGUGCUGGUGGUGCUGGUGGUAUGCCCGACCUAGCCUCCAUGAUGAACAACCCGAUGUUCUCCAGCAUGGCACAGAAUCUCAUGAGCAACCCCGAUAUGCUUAGCAACCUGAUGAGUAACCCUCGCCUCCGCCAGAUGGCCGAAAGCUUUGGCCAGGGUGGCGGCAUGCCUGACAUGUCCAGCCUGAUGAGCGAUCCCAGCCUCGCGGAUAUGGCUCGGAACAUGAUGGGCGGUGGUGGUGCCGGUGCCGGUGCUGGGCAAGGCCAGAAAUAA